AUGGGAAGCAGGGACCUACUCACAAGUGGAACCGAUGUGUCAAGAGAUCCUUUAUGCCAGCUUGCAAUAGAGCUACUCGACAUUGCCAAGCGCAGCCCUUGUGCCUGUGUACCUCUAGUUCAGAUACCCGAGGAGUGUGUAGCUGCAGAUCAUCGCUGCCUUGUCCCGAAUGCUGAAAGACUGCCGGCGGCGGCAACCUACCCUAUCCUCGGAUGGGAUGGCCCGCACUGGGCCCCGGCCCCACGUUUGCUUCGAGAUGUGGUCUGGGUCUUGAUGUUACGUCCUUCCGGGUCACAGUUAGUAAGUGCGAGAAAGCUGUGUUCUGGCGAUGCUCUGCGGCCAGACCUUUCUUGGUUACUGAACUACACGGUCCCCAGUGUGCCCUCCAAGGGCCACUUGCAGUUCACAGGACUACAGGGCGCUGAACGUGGUCCGCAGUGCGCCCUCUUGGGGCCACUUGCAGUUUCAUAG